AUGAAAGAGAAGGAGAUGCGAAUCCUUUUUCUAGGUUUAGAUAACGCUGGGAAGACGACCAUCUUGAAGAAACUCAACGGAGAAGACAUCUCGAGCGUUAGUCCCACUCUAGGCUUUAAUAUCAAGACUUUUAUCCAUGGAAAGUAUACAUUAAACAUCUGGGACGUUGGCGGUCAACGGACCUUACGUCCAUAUUGGCGAAACUACUUUGAGCAAACCGAUGCUCUUGUAUGGGUUGUAGACUCUGGCGAUCUUAUGCGAAUGAGAGAUUGCAAAGAAGAGCUACACAGUCUUCUGCUCGAAGAUCGGUUGUCCGGUGCUUCUCUCCUUAUAUUCGCAAACAAACAGGAUUUGCAAGGUUCUAUGUCAGAUCGUGAGAUACGCGAGGCGCUCAAUCUUGACUCUAUCAAAUCUCACAACUGGGCAAUAUGGUCAUGUAGUGCGGUCACCGGAGCCAAUCUUGUCGAAGGACUCAAUUGGGUUGUUGACGAUGUAGCGGGGAGAUUAUACUACUCCUCUACCUCAUCCACGACUACAAACUCUCGACCGAGUCCCGCGCCUCCACUGUGA